CUCAGAGAUGGACCAAGUGACGGCCAAGCGACAUUGCGGGGUGCCGACGCCAGCGAUGGCCUUGGACCACCUCCGCCUCUGCAUCGUCCAGUGCUUCCACUCGCAUCAGGAUGCCGUCGCCUUUCUGUGCGCCUUGCCGUCCCUUGAUGGGCCACUGAGAGCGCUGCUUAUGCUCUUGACGACGUCCUCGACCUUUCGAGACCAAUGGCCAGCGAUCGUUCUCGAGGACCUGAACGAAGCCGAGAGAGAUCUUGCCCGCGCUGCGCUGCCAGCGAUCCCAGCUAUACACAUCAAGGAGAGUAAAAGCCUGGCGUGCGCGCUCUCGGGUCGGUACUCCGACCUCGGCACAUUCAUAACAGCCUGGCCCACCAAGGUCACGCUCGUUCGCGAUCGCAUCUCUCGCGCCGACGUCGAGAGGUUGCGUUGUCUGCAGCACUGCACGCGCCUCGAUUACGUGAGCGUCUACGUCGAUGCGUUUGGUACACUACUGCCGUCGCUGCCGUCGAGUGUUCGCCACGUGACGCUUGUCGACGAUAGCCUCGACUUGGAGUACACUCCGGACGACCGCAUCGUCGAUUCGAACCUCGCAGUGACGCUGCGGCGGUGGCUUGAGAACGGCCAAAGCAAGCCCAAGCACGUCAGUUUCGAAUGCGAUUUGGCGCCCGAUGACGCGGCUGCCGUUGGUGACGUGCUUGUAUCCGCUUCACAUUUGACAACCCUCAAGAUCUGGCACUCGGCUGAGCUCGUCACGGCACUAAUCGCUACCCCCACGCCACUACCACCGCUGACAAGGUUUGCCAUCACGAUGGUCCCGAAAGGCGCGUCCCACCUCGUAUCGCGUCUCAAUUUUUCCGCGCUCACUCAUCUCGACGUUGAGUUCACGGACCUGAGCGGGGUCCUGCCUUUGCUACCAUCAAUGAUCAACCUGCGAGAGCUCACAUUAGUGGGCGGCGCGCUCUGCGAGAUGCCGUCGACGUUGGCGAAGGCCCCGAUAUCGCUGCGCGCGCUGGCGCUUCGGUUUGUCGACCUCGCGAGCGAAGCGCUGGACGCAUUUCUGCGGUGGCUCUUUGGCUUGCACCGGCUCCACUCUGUCACUGUCUACGACAUUUUCGUGUACGGCCAGUCGCUAUCACUGCGACAGAUAGCCGCGCGCCAUUGGACCCUCCGCACAAGCUUCUUGAGCACCGCUCUCAACGGGAGGCCAUGCGGGGUAUUGCAAGAUACGUCGACGCCAAAGCCCAACACUGUCGACGAGAUCAUGUUCUGGGCACUCGCUCGCGCCGUCUCGCACUUGGUCAACACCACGGUCGAGGUGUCGAUCGACUUUUGCGCAGAAAAGCUCGAGGACGUGACGCGCCAAGCUGAAGCGAGAUACGGCGUUCGAAUGACGCAUCGAUCGGCUACGGAGUACGGUCUCCAUAGCCCCACGAACUAAAACAUACGAAUACACGCAUG